UCGUAAUCGAAAGCAUAAAAUAAAUCAUAUUUUAUAAAACGUUUUCAAGUCCGACGGCGAGUCGGUGGAGAGAGAGAGAGAGAGAUACAACUUAUACCCUCCCGCACGAGUACGCAAUUUGCUUCUUCUUCGUCUUUCUCACUUGCUCAUAGAUCCCGGCCGAAUCUCCGGCCAACUUUCCGACGAGAUUUUCUGUCGCUCCUUCGGCUCCGACCUCACUCCUUUUCAGCUUCUCAAUCACACUCUGUGGAAUGCUUCUCUCUGUGUUAGAAUGUUGGGAGAAUUCUCGAUCCCGGUGCUUCUUGGACUCUGAUUCUAAACGUCGAGUUGAAUUUUGAGUUCUAUGAAACCUCGAUCAGUGAGCUCCUUCCCCCAGAGAACUCAACAGCGUUAAAUUAAGUGUGUAAUUUGAAAGUUUCUUGGGUUAUCGAGCUGUGACAUAAGAAUUUAUGUGAUGCUUCGUGUAAACAUGCAGAAUUUUCCGUCUGCAUUGCUCAGUUCUUUGCUCUGUGUCGAUUGAAGGAAUGGUUUCUUCCCCUCUUUGAAUACUCUUUCGACUCUCUCUCUCUCUCGUCUUCUCUCUUUGUGUUCAUAUGGUCGUUGGCUUCUUCCUUCUUGAAACUUGGGAUCUUACCUUCCAAAUUGUCGCUCUCUCUCUCUUGGGGCUGAAGCUUGAAGCCAGAAACUUUAAGUGUUCAAAUGAAGGAGGUUCAAAGAAGAAAAGUCCAUAAUAAUAUGGAAAAACCUUUCCCUGGAUGUGCGGGAAGAAUGGUAAACCUGUUUAACUCGAGUGCAGGCGUUCGUAGGAACAAGCUCCUGACGGAUAAACCGCAUCGUGAUGGUUCUGUACUCACAAGAAGCCACUCAGAUGCAGCAAUUAUGUCGAGUCCAUCCCGAGAUAGUCAGAUAGAGGAUGGACUGGGACAUUCAAUUGGGAAGGCAAACCGAACGCCUAUGAAGAUGCUCAUAGACCAGGAAAUGUCCAAAGAUGCUGAGUCUAAGAUUGCUCCCCCAAAUGUUGUUGCGAAGUUGAUGGGUCUAGAUACUCUGCCCGAGCAGCUUGGUUCAGCUCCUAAUAAAACACCUUCAAGAGGUCCCUGGUGUACAGUUAAAGAAUCUAGGUUGCCACUGGAAUGUACGGAACAAGUUGAUGACCAUUCAGAGAAGGGAGCUCUGUGUCAAAUUCAUCAAAGUUCUGUAGACGUUCAUGGAAUAUGGCAGCAAUGUUUAAAAACAAAUUACGAUAGAGAAAAAUUGCACUAUGGAAGUUUUGACAAAAAUAUUGAUGAAAAAAAGAUGGCUCUUGUUCGUCAGAAAUUCACUGAAGCAAAACGUCUAGCUACGGAUGAGAAACUUAGGCAGUCUAAAGAAUUCCAAGAUGCCUUAGAAGUUCUCAGCUCUAACAAAGAAUUGUUCGUCAAAUUUUUGCAAGAACCCAAUUCCUUAUUUUCUCAGCAUAGUUUUCAACUUUGUUCACUCCCUACAUCUCCUGAGAAGAAGUGUAUCACAAUCCUUAGGCCCUCAAAGUUGGUUGGCACUGAAAACAUUUCUGAGACAGGGAAGAGAUGUGAGAAUCAGAUGAAAAAACCAGCUCAGGUAUGCCAAUCGACUGCUUCUGAAAAGUCCAGUAAUCUGCCUACUUUGUCAAACCAGAGAUUUGAUGAAUAUGUUCAACCCACCCGAAUAGUGGUAUUGAAGCCCAACAUUGGUAAGAAUCAUGCUGUUAGAACUGUAAUAACUCAACAACCUUUCUCCUCACCUAAUAAAACAUCCGGAAAUUUUGAUGAGGAAGUUGAGGAUGUUGAGGUGCCAGAAUCUAGGGAAGUAGCAACUGAGAUUUCUGAAAAGCUGAGUGAAGAUCAAUUGGGGCAACGAAGGGAUGAAACUUUGAUCUCUUCUCUCUUUUCCAAUGGUUAUACUGGUGAUGAGAGUUCAUUUUACAAGUCGGAGAAUGGGUAUGCAGGGGGGGAUCUCAGUGAUUUAGAAUUAAUGUCACCGUCUUCCAGGCAUUCUUGGGACUAUGUUAACAAAUUUGAUAGCCCUUAUUCUAUUUCUUCCAUUAGCCGUAUUUCAUGUUCUCCAGAGUCAUCAGUUUGCCGAGAAGCCAAGAAGCGCCUCUCAGAAAGAUGGUCAAUGAUGGCAUCAAACGCCAAUUCUCAUGAACCAAGGCAUGUAAGGAGAAGCUCUAGUACCUUGGGUGAGAUGCUCUCUUUGUCAGAUCCAAAAAAGUCUGUUGAAUCUGUUGAUCGGAUAGCCAAUGAGGAAGAAGAACGGAGGGAGUUUGCAUCCUGCUUAAGUACUGAUUUCAGUAAGGAAGACAUUGGAAGCUCUCCUAGAAGUCUCCAGAGGUCAAAGUCUGCCCCUGUGUCUCCUCUGAUGUCAAGUACCAGACUAGGUUUUGAAGCUCCAAAUUCUACUAUGGCAGAUGUCACCACGGAGAAAGCUAGUCCGACGAAAGUUAAAUCAUCAUUUAAAGGAAAAAUUUCUAGCUUUUUUUUCUCUAGGAAUAAGAAACUCAGCAAAGAAAAACGUAAUGCAUCUCAGUGUAAGGAGGAAUUGGAUACUUCUGUUGCGGAAACACUUGGGCCUUCUCUACCUCCCGGCAGGGUUGGUGCUGAUGCACCUUGUGUCAACAAUAGUCGUCUUGAAGAAUGCUCAUCUUCUGCUCUGUGUGGAUCAUCAGAGACAUCUCCGGGUUUAACCAACAAAUUGGGUGUGGUCUCUCUUGAGGCAGGGUUGCCUUUCUCAAGACACUUGAUGCCUGGAAAUGCCAAUGAGAUCCCAGACCAUCCAAGUCCAUGCUCUGUUUUAGAACCGCCAUUCGACGAUGAUGACAUCAUGCGUGCGUCUUCUGGACAUAUGAAGCCAAACUCCAUAGGAAUUCAAGUGCUAACGAAGUCCAGCUUAAUUGACAAAUCGCCUCACAUAGAAUCCAUUUCUCGAACUUUGAAGUGGGAAGACAUGUACUCGGAGAAUGCAGAUCCAUAUUUGUUUAAACCCUCAUUAGCAUGUGAAGAUAGAGAAGAAGAGGAACAAAAGUGGCUCGGCCUUGUUCGAAGUCUACUCUCGGCAGCUAACAUCGAUGACAGUGUGCAGUGCAACUCAUUUUUCUCAAGAUGGCAUUCACUCGAAAACCCAUUGGAUCCAUCACUGAGAAACAACUUCGCCAACCUAAGCGAUAAAGAACCAGAACAGGAGGCGAAAAGAAGGCAAUCAAGAUCAAACUGGAAGCUCAUCUUUGACAGCGUCAAUGCAGUCUUGAUCGAAAUCACAGGCUUUCGUUCAGACAUGAGCACGAUGGCGACGUCUUCCAACUGUGUUCAUGCUGGUGCUCUCUCACAACCUUUGGUGGACCUUGUGUGGGACAGAUUGAAGGAUUGGCUGUCGUGGGAUACUCAGUGUGUUGGUUGUGAGAUUGGGGACAGUUACAGCCUGGUGGUGGAGAGGGUAGUUGGGAAGGAGGUUGUAGGGAAGGGCUGGACUCAGCAGUUACAAGAGGAAAUGGAUGAUUUAGGGAAGGAAAUAGAAGGGAAAUUGCUGGAACAACUUGUGGAAGAGACAUUGCUUGAUUUGACAGGUGCCUGCCCAUGACCAUCCUUUCUGAUUUAUUCUUCUUAUUAUUAUAUAUUAUAGUUUUUCAUAUACAGCCCCAAAUAAUUUGUGCCAUUUUUCUUUGUGUGCAUUUUACCAUCCUCUCUCUACCGACUCCUCUUCUGCUGUAUAUUUUGGACUGCCCAUUUUCUUUCUAGCUAAUAAGACUAUCAAAUAUCUACCAGCAAUAGAAUCAUUUUCACUCA